AUGACUUCAGGCCGGCCGAGUCUGCCACAAACAAGCUGUUCUGGACAUCCAAAAGCACCUCUUGUGGCCGCUGCUGCUCUUCGCUGCUUGGCUCGUUUGCCCGACCUAUGCUCACCUAGCCUUCUCAUAGGUCGAUCUCCUUCCUCAGCUCAUGGACCUGCUCCUAGUCCUGCUCACUCGAAUCCUCGAUGCACUAUGUCUCGAGUACCAGUCUCCUCCGUCCACCUUACUGGAUUAUUGCCGAUCCUUCUACGACUAGCCGUUCGAAUAGCACAGACUCCCCUUCUCCAUCCUAGUCUACCUCCCCCCUUUCUCGAUGGUGGCCAACCGCUCACUGCAACUCCCGACAGACCUCGUAUUACCAUGGCCACAUUGCUGCUUUAUCACCUUUCAUUCUCCCUUGACACCUCUGGCCAUUCAUCCGAGGGGUUGGGUUGCAACGACUCAGAGAUAAGCUCUACCUCAGCAGAGAAGACUCAAAGCCCAUCCUUGCCGCCACCACCAUUCUCUCUUACUGAGACAGCCGCCGAUAAAGAGUCUUGUGUAACUACUCGGCAGCGACGUGAAUGGCUUGAAAUAUGUCGCCUGGUUGGCUGGACUCGCAGCCAGACCUUACUUGCUGGCGCCGUAGUUGAUCUCUUGGCUCGACUCGCUGGGCAUCGAUAUCCAGCAACGGCAGGAAUGGGUAUCAAUCUUGCGGCUAGUGACGUCAGCCAAGCUGCCCCUUCCAAUAGUCCAACUUAUGCUGAAGGUCCUGGGGCUGAAGCCGAGGCUGUGACUACAUUGAAGAGUUUGGCCGACCGGCCGGACGAAAUCUCCGCUACCGCCCUACCUGACAGCAGUGUCAGCAGUAGCAGCAACGGCAAUUUCAAUAGUAAGGACGGAGAGGCUUCAGGCCUUGAAGACAACUCUACAGAUGCACAUUCUGAGAUCGACGCAAAGGAUCAGGGCAUACAAUCGCGGAAGGAGGAGCCGAUACAGAUGGCACUGAACCGUCAGGAAGCUGAGGAGUGGUAUCGACAAGUGGCUUCAGCUGUGCUUGCACUCGUUAGGCAUGAACAUCCGCUUCACAUAGGAUCAAAUCACUUUAGAAAGAAUUGCUCCAGCGACUCGGAUGAUGCGUGUGCCUGUGCAGGCUUUUCGAGUACUGUUGUCCCGGCGGGAGUCUCUGUACUCGGCUGCUGUCUAGCUGCCAUAACUCUUGUAAGUAGGGCUCUGUCAUCGAGCCCGCUCGCCCUCUUCGCCUAUCAUGAUUUGCGAAGUGGCCUUGUUGGCAUUCUGGGCCGCGUUUGGCGUUUGGCCGAUCUUGACUAUCUUUCUGUAUCUGUCCCAUCUCAAUCCGAGCCGUCGAAGACAGCUAGUCAGACCGCAUCCUCUCAGUUGCCUGGAGAAGAACGCCUUCGAUCACCGCUGGCUGGAAUGCCGGCUAGAAGAGUUUGUCUGGCUGCCAUCCAGGCUUUUGUACUACACGACGAGCCAGCUGUUGGAGCCUUCUGUGUGAAGACAAUGACUCCCCAAGUAUUCCGUUGGCUCUAUAGUCUAACUAGCCUAACGGACGAUACUGCUCUUCAGUCGUCUAUCCCUACAGGCCUCAAACGCCUCUCUGAUGCACAUUCGGUCGCGACUAUCACUCCUUGUCUCUCGGUCCACCUCGGACUUGCGGUAAAUGCUGCCAUUGAGUUGGCUGAGAGCCUAGUUGACCUUGCAGAAGCCUCUUGUCGUCAGAGCCUGCUGCUUUUGUUGCUGCCUCUACUGGCCAGCCUUCUACAACCACCACAACAGUAUGACGCCACCAACACUGGCCCCAUAAUUCCCAAUUCACUCAAUCCAGGGGCAAUGCAUUGGCUUGCUUCUGCUGCCUCUGCGUCACCACCCUCAGCUGCCGUUUGCUCCAUUGGUUUGCAUCUGAUUAGCCUCCGUCAUCUGCUUCGACUAGCGCCACGGUUUCCCAGCGAAUUUAGGUCUGUCGCUGGCCUCCUUGGCCCCGAGCUUCGUGGGCGGAUGGAGGCUGCCGUUCGGCAUGCUGUCUCAAAGGAGGGUCUCGGUCAUGCCAGAUCCCGCCGUCAUCUGCUCUCUUUUCCAAUGGCUAAUUCCGACGAGUUGACCUCUGUACCGAAUAGGGGAUUUGAGGCUACCGCCAACCAAGCUGCUGCUAGCAGCGAAAGUCGGAAUCGAAAUUUGGACGCCCGACCAACGAUCCAACUGAAGACAGACUUUAGCAACUUUAAAUAA